ACUUUUUCCUUGACAACACAACAGCGAGGAAGAUUUUUAUGCCAUUCAAAACAGGCAAUAGACUUUGACUCCUCAAGAGUACUUGUGAAUCGGACCAAAUAUUUGAACGGUCGACGAUGGAAUAUUGUCAGCGUUUCAUUUGAAAAUAUCAAAACAAGACGAAUGUUUCUUCGUGACAUUGAGACAAAUUGAGCCGUGUUUCGUGUUUUGUGUUAGCCCGUCCAAUGGCGCAGGAGGUGGAGAACUUCUUUGGCGUAUACAUGCUGUACUGCCUCAACCCCAAGUUUAAAGGGCGAAUCUACAUCGGCUUCACGGUGGAUCCUGAACGCAGGCUGAGGCAACAUAAUGCCGGGCGCCACAAAGGAGGGGCCAAGAGAACCAGCGGCAGAGGACCAUGGGAGAUGGUCCUCAUCAUACAUGGCUUCCCCUCUGACAUCGCUGCCUUGACAGUAAGUGAACACGGGAGUCGGGGAGUCAGUUUGGUCAAUUUUCCCUCUUUCUUUCGUCAAAUAAUACAUCCGAAAAUAAAAUGA